UCCAGUUGUUCUCACGCACGCGCGCGUGCGCACGCUCACCCGCUGCCAUGGAAACGGAGCACCUGUAAAAGUGGCAGCCAUCUUUAACGGAUCAUUUCUAACCUGGACCUGGAAGCUUGAACUGCUACAGUCUGUGAUUUGCUAAACUGUUAAAGAUGAGCACGCCACCAGAGGACAACAACUUGUGGGGAGAUCAUCUGGAAGUUCCAGAUGCCGCGCUUCCAGUUGAUCCUGACCCGGAGCCCCAGCUCUUGAUAGAGGAUGAGGGUAAUUUAAAUCAGUCUAAUAUCAUUGACAAUGCGGAUGAUAAUGAGGAGGUGGAAGUCAGAGAACUAGUGGUGAAUAUAGGGUAUGAUGGGGAAAACCGUCACUACGUAGCCAUAGAGUUUGUGCUGGAGCAUGGCGAGGAGGUAGACCUCGUAGUCGUAGAGUUGGGGCUAAAUCGUAGAGACUUAGAAGCAAUACUGGCGGAGCGGAAUGAGGAGGAGGAGGUUGAUGCUAAUGCUGAUAAUGUUAGGGCAAGUUUUGGUGAGUCUCCUGACACAAGCUCUGAGGAAGAAGAUCAUGAUGAAGACGAUGGCCACCUUUCACCACAUCUUCAGUUCACCCAGAGGAUUCCCCCCGACUUCAGCCUUCCAUCGGACCACGAGGAGCCAGAGGAGUCCCUGGAGCGCCCAGAAGACCGCGUCUCCAGGAAGAGGAGAAGAGAGGAAGACGCUGAAGAUGAAGAAGAUCACGAUGAAGACGAUGGCCACCUUCCACCACAUCUUCAGUUCACCCAGAGGAUUCCCCCCGACUUCAGCCUUCCAUCGAACCACGAGGAGCCAGAGGAGUCCCUGGAGCGCCCAGAAGACCGCGUCUCCAGGAAGAGGAGAAGAGAGGAAGACGCUGAAGAUGAAGAAGAUCACGAUGAAGACGAUGGCCACCUUCCACCACAUCUUCAGUUCACCCAGAGGAUUCCCCCCGACUUCAGCCUUCCAUGGAACCACGAGGAGCCAGAGGAGUCCCUGGAGCGCCCAGAAGACCGCGUCUCCAGGAAGAGGAGAAGAGAGGAAGACGAUGAAGAGGAGCGCCCUGGGAAGAGGCCUCGUCUCGAGAGGGAUGUUUAAGAAGAGGAGUUUAAUUUAGUGAUUGUUUUCAUAUCUGGCAGGUCUAGGGAUGCCUUAGGUAGCGUCUUGCACCGUGGCUUUUCUUUACCCCGCUGCUAGAUUUAGGUUUUUUUAGAUGUUAAGGAGUCUGGCAGG